AUGGGUAUUGGUAUCCCCUCCAUUGUUGCUACCUUCCUACUCCUCAUCCUCUUUUUGUCUCCUCCCACCACCAAUGCUCAAGUGGUGGACAUAUUCGACAUGGAUGGUGACGUCGUUGUAACGGGGAGAAAUUACUACGUCCUCCCGGUGGUUCAACGCCGAGGGGGUGGCAUUUCAACGGCACCCGAAAGUGCCAUUCAAAAAUGCCCUUUGUACGUGGUUCAGGAGACAAACACAGCGUCUCUUGGCCUUCCAGUAACAUUUUACGGGACCAACCGAGCUACACAAAAUGUUACUUUCUCUACUGUUAUGAACAUCGUCUUCGCAUCCAGUGCAGCCACCAAAGAAUGUGGCGCACUACUUGGAUGGAUGGUGGCCGAGACCGCCGGAAAGCGCUUCGUGGUUCCUGGAGGAAACGCUGCUCGUGGCUCUUCUGGAAAGGAGAAUUGGUUCACGAUUGAGAGGUUUUUUCCUAGAUUUCAUUUUGAUUAUAAGUUUAAGUUUUGCUCUUCUGACAAUACGAAUUGUGGAGAUUUGGGUGUUGAGGUUCAGCUAGAUGGAACUUGGCGUUUGGUUGUUGGUGCUGCCCCUCUUAGGAUUAAGUUCAAGAAAGCUUAA